CAAAUAUCAUUGAUUUGAAUAUUACAUAUUGAAUUGCAGUAUUGAAUGUGUAGAUGUGAUGUAUAAUUCUUAACUUGGUAUUAAUUUUUAAAACUAUUAAAGCAACGAUAUUGUUAUGCAAACUGUAAGUGACCAGCUUUUAUAAAAUUUUAGUUUGGUUUACUAUUAAAUCCUCACUCUCUUGAUAAUAUGGCAUGAUUUGACAAAUGGGUGAGUUUAAGAGAACACAAUUUCUGAAAACCAAUUUUUCUAGAUAAUUUCAAUUAUUUAAAUAUUUUAUCUUGAUAAUUGAUCAUAUGUAUCAUUUAUAGUUAAUUAGUCUAAUAUAAAAUAACCGCAAUACAAGACAAAUCAUGAAAGUCGAGCUGAUGUUUUCAUGGAUGCAUUGAUGUGGUCAUGUGCAUUAGCAAGGUCGAUACCAGAAGAUAGGUUUAAUUUUUUUGUUGAGUGAAUAAGAUUGUACUUCAACUAAAUUUAGAGUAUGUUGGUUGAUAAAUAUUUUUUUCAUUGCAUAGAAUAUGGAUGGAAAAUGUUAUUUUCUUACUAAUUUUGUUAUUGUAUUGUGCAGAAUACUUUAAGGUUUAGAUACUAUUAUAUAUGUAUUGUUUCUCAAGCAUAAGAAAUAAAUAUUGAAUAAAGGUUAUGAUCACGAGUUUCCUAUUUAUGCUACGCUUUUUUAGACAAACUCUUUUUUUUGUUAUGUCAAUUUUCUUUUCAGAGUGACUACAUCAUUAAAUUGACAAGUUAUGAAUGGUUAUUCACGAGUGUUAUAACCAAGGUUGUUAUACCUCUACCGGGCGACUGGUUGGACUAGGUCCGACCAAGGUCGUGUUCCAAAACCGGCUCUACAAAAUCAAGUGUCUGAUCGUUAGAGAGAGAGAAGAAGAGAGAGGGAAGGGGGAGGGGGAGAGAGGCAAGAGGAUGGUGGGUGGUCUUGAAAUGAGUAUGUUUUCUUAUGGAAUUUGAGUUUUUAAUAGAUAUAAGUUAUUACAUUCCAUUUCAGUCACUAAAUUUCUAUCUUAUAUGUAAAUAGAUUUAGAAAAGGUGUAAAACGGCUCAAACACAUUGGACCUCUAUCAAACCAUUAAACUUCAAGUACCCUUAAGCAAAACACGACAUUAGAAACGAAAUGAUAAUUGGAGGACAUAUUUGCAGGUCCACAUAGCAAACGACCCUUUAGUUAAAUAGAGAACAUAAUGAUUAUGGAAUCAUCGAAACUUAACAUAAUAUAAUCAGAGAGAACAUAUAUCUCUAUUAAAAGUUGAAUACAGGUCGUAGUGUGACUCGCCGCAGCAGCGAACUGGAAUUGAUCAAAGCAGGAAAUACGGUGAAAUGCACAUUAUCAUGUUACUCGAUUUCAACCAAGCAUGAAACCAGCUGGCAUCGCCAUGGGUGGUUUAUCACUCAGCUAGGCUAGGUUUGUUACAUACAUCUGAGAAUGAGAUCAUUUUCAUUUCCUGGUGUUUGUUCCGUCUGGCUAUCUCUUACCUACAACACACAGCUUGUGUGCUCCCUUUUAAUGGAAGCCGUUUAAGAGGUUGCUGAAGAACCAGCCAGCUAGCACCGCCGUCUUCACUGAAACAGAAUCACCAUACCCUUAGUACAGAUGAUGAUGAUGAUGAUAGCUCAAGUUGCUUGCUUGCUAUAUAUACGUUUCAUAAGCCAAAUCAUAUAAUCACCAAUACAAUUGUGCCUCUCUCUCUGGAGAAAGAUUUUAUUCAGAAUCCUCUGUUGAAUUCAGUUCCCAUGGAUUCUCAAUCCAAUGCCAUCUUCUCUCUACUCACCACUACUACUAUCCUCCUCCUCCUCCUCCUUCCUUUCAAUCUUAAUUCAUCCCUAGCAUCCUCUUCUUCCGAGCAUUACAUCAUCUUCAUGGACUCUGCCGCAAUGCCAAAAGUCUUCUCAACCAAAUACCACUGGCACCUGGCCAUUCUAUCCUCCCUGACUGCCGGCGGCGGCACCCCUGCAUCCUCCAAGCUGAUUCACAGCUACUCCCACGUCAUCGACGGGUUUAGCUGUACCCUGACAAGCUCGGAGCUGGACGCCCUGCGGAAUUCCAAUGGGUACCUCUACUCCAUCAAGGACGUCCCGGUCAAGCCCUACACUACUCACUCCGUCGAGUUCCUGGGCCUCCGCGGCGGUGGUGGUUGCUCUGCCUCUGCAGCGUGGGAGGCGUCGAACUACGGCGAGGGCAUGAUCAUCGGGCUGAUCGACACCGGGGUGUGGCCCGAGAGCCGGAGCUUCUGCGACCACGGGAUGGGCCCUGUGCCGGCGAGAUGGAGGGGCAGAGCCCCAUCGUCGCCACGAAUAGCAAAUUUGAGCUUUUGCCGCCGCCAGCUUCGAUCAAUAAUUAAUCCCCUCUUGUAAUGAAACGGAGAGACAGAGUUGUUACUUGAUUAUUAUGUAAUGAUUAAAGAUCAAUAGCCUAAUGAUGAAUCGGACUCUAUAAACUAGAACAAGGUGU